AUGAUCAUACAUUUAAUAUGCUGUCCAACAUAUGAAGUAUUUCAAAACUUAUCACAGAUAUCCGUAACUGAAUUAAUGAAUAUGGAAAUAGAUGAUAUAAAUGCUAAAAAUAAAAAAAAG